AUGUUCGUUGAUCAGCACAACCCAGCAGAUCACCUUGGCACCCAUGAGGCCACUGAGGAGCUUCAGUCGAGGAGCGAGCCUCUCUCCUUCGCGACUGCCACUCGUUGCAUGAGGUUGGCAGGCGGCGGUGUAUUGAACUUCACCUGCAUGCAUCCUCUCCAGGGUGCGGUAUACUUCCUGGAAUAUCUCAUCACUCAGAGUUUCCUUGAUCGCAGUACGUUACAGUCUGCUGCUGUUGUUGGUGACCAACAUAGCUUGAUAGGCUCUAACGCCUACGCCAUAUCAUAUGCUGGUUAUAACCUUGGGGUAGCCGUCUCACGAGGUGUCGUUGGUGUGGUACGCCCCUUACCACCAGUCGGUAGCAUCGUCGUCGCACCCCUCCUUGCUCAGAUGCCCAACCCCCCUGUGGCCCUCAUAUGGAUUCCAACUCUCCUGCAACUAAUUAACUGUACCCUCUGGGGUGUCGAGUCCAAACUGCAUUUUGUCCGAUACGAGUUGUUCCCCUCUGAUACCGCAGCCUUCCAGUUCUACACCUGUUGUAUGGUCUUUGUUGGUCUCAUGGGUGGCACCAGCUACUCUGCAUGCUACGCUUACUUCAGAGAUACUCCGACUAUCCCUGCCAGCCUUCGUGAGGUCCUCGUCAAUGUUUCCUAUGGUGUCAGCAGUAUAGGCAUGCUCUCGUCAUCUAUCGCGGCACUUAUUCUUAGCAAGACUGUUCUGUCGGAGUGUUCAAUAUACCCCUGUCCCCAAUGA